ACCCUAACUUACGUAACAGGACCUGUUGUUUUAGCAUUUGUUUUUGAUGCUAAGUAGUUAGCUUGACAGGAGAACCGGAUUAAGGCUCAGUCAGACUCAGCGUGGUGAAGUGCUUCACUGAGCCACUUUUGCAUCUGCCCUUUUCUUUUUCCUCUCUCUCUCUCCUCUCUUUGCCUCCUCUCCCUUUCAUCAUGGCCUCGCAGCAUACCACUCAGUUCUCUUAUCGAUCGCAAAAAGAACUGACAGUUUGGUCCGGUCAUCCCGACUACAAGCCCAUCAAGGGUUUCGAAAAGCCAGAGACAGCGACUCGAACUUUCCAGUAUAGCAAGCAUGGCCACGCGUACGCCUAUGCGACAAACGAAAGUGUAAAGGUGUUUGAUGCUUCGACGUUGAAUCAGCGAUGCGAGAUCAAGCACGAGAAUAUCGUUGACUUGUGGUUUUCGCCACAGGGCAGUUACCUUGCUACCUGGGAACGACCCAAGAAACUAGAAGAUGGCUCUGGUAGCCGCAAUUUGGUGAUUUGGGACACCAAGACGGGCGAACAGAUUGCGUCGUUUUCACAAAAGCAGUUGAACAACUGGAACUUCCAGUGGACGGACGACGAAAAGUUUUGUGCUCGAAUGGUGACAGGCGAGAUUCAGUUUUGGGAGAGCAAAAACGUUGGCAAAUCCGUGUGGGCGCGUUUAAAGUUGGAAGGCGUCGCCAAGUUUUCGUUGAGUCCUGGCAAAGCGCCAGCGGUGGCCGUGUUUAUCCCUGAACGGAAAGGUGCGCCUGCGAUUGUGCGAAUGUACAGUAUCCCCAACUUUAACCAGGCUCUUUCCAACAAGACGUUCUACAAGGCCGACAGCGUGCAAAUGUUUUGGAAUGAUUUGGGUACCAACCUGCUUGUGUUGACCCAGACGGAUGUGGACAAGACGGGCAAAUCGUACUAUGGUGAAACGAAUCUGUAUUACCUGGCUGUCGCUGGCAAUUUUGAUUGUCGUGUGCCUCUUGACAAGGAAGGGGCUGUGCAUGAUGUGACGUGGGGUCCUGAUUCCAAGGAGUUUGUUGUUGUCUAUGGAUCCAUGCCCGCCAAGACCACCUUGUUCGAUCAUCGUGCCAACGCCAUCUUUACAUUCGGUAUCGACCCACGCAACUAUGUCCGAUACAAUCCCCAAGGUGCCAUUGUUGCCGUGGCCGGUUUUGGCAACUUGAACGGCACGAUUGACUUGUGGGACCGCAAGACGUUGAAAAAGAUCAACACGUUCCAAGCACCCAAUGCAUCGCACUGUGAGUGGUCCCCUUGCGGUCGCUAUAUCAUGACUGCCACACUUACCCCACGUUUGCGUGUCGACAAUGGCUUCAAAAUGUGGCAUCAUAGCGGUAGUUUGAUCUAUGAAGAGAGUGUCGAUGAAUUGUUCCAAGUCGGUUGGCGUCCUGAACCAGCAAGCCAGUUCCCUGCUAUGCGGUCACCCUCGCCUCCUCCAAAACCGAUCAAGGUGAAUGCUGGUAACAAGACUGCGAGCGCUGCGCCCAAAUCUACAGGCGCUUACCGUCCUCCACAUUUGCGUGGAACUGUCGCUGGAACUACGACUUUGUCUCAGCGUGAAGCUGCUUUGAGUGGUCGUGGACCUUCAGUGGGUGGACAGCGCAAAGUACCUGGUGCACCAGCUGGCAAAAACGGCAAGAACAAUAAUGCGGCCAAUGGUGGUGCUCUUACCACUUCAACGACGGACACCAUGACACCCGAAGAAAAACAAAAGAAAAUUAGAAACUUGGAAAAGAAGUUGCGACAGAUUGCUGAAAUUCGGGACAAACAGAGCCGGGGGCAAAAGUUGGAUGCUGCUCAGCUUCAAAAAUUGACGGUAGAAGCUAGUGUGAUGCGGGAAAUUGCUGCACUUCGAGAACAGCUUUAAUCAGGAUCGAUUGAAAUAAAAAUACAUACUUUUUUUUAUUUGUAUAAAGACCAACAACAGAGACAAACAAGAGGGGAUUUUUGUAUUAGAGACUUCAUCAAAAGCGAUUUCGUCCAUUAUUAUUAGCCAUCAUGACUAUUGUUAUACUACUACUACUACUACUACUACUACUACUACUACUACUACUACUACUACAGAAACAAAUUAUAUCAAAUUACAUAAGAAACCAAGUACAGAAAGGGUGACUGAUCACAGGAAAGAACA